AUCCUUUUUCUCAAAAACUCUCUUUUCCUGAUAUCCGUUCUUUUAAUAAUCUUGGUGGACGGCCAUGGCUGAUUCAGCUCAGAACUUUAAGUUUCAAAUGCAAUAUUUUCACUUCCUCCAUAUAUAUAUAUAUAUGGAGAGUUGGAGGCACAUUGAUUAUCCACCCACACUCUCCUUUUUCUCUUUUCUUACAUUUGAUACAUACAAGUAGAAGCAGAAGACAAUGGAAGCUCUGAUGCAACAAGAAGUCGCUGGGAUCCCGGUAGACUCCAUGAUGUUUCGGCCGGUUGAGAAGUCACUGAAAAGACUGUUGCCUGCUCCGGUCGGUAACCAGUCUCCCGAUGGCGAACCCCGGGCGACAAAACAAUGUAGGGAGGAUACAGUUGUUAGCAGGAGGAGCAUGGUUGGAAGUUUUGCCCAAGGAGUUAGAGAACAUGUUGCAGUGAGAUUAGGACAAAAGAUCAGAGAAACAGUAAAGGGGAAGUUGAAUUUGGGAGCAAAGAUUCUUCAGGUUGGUGGGCUGAGGAAAGUUUACAAGCAGUUAUUUAGUGUAAGAGAAGGAGAGAAACUAUUGAAGGCUUGUCAAUGCUAUUUGUCAACAACAACAGGACCCCUAGCAGGUCUUCUCUUCAUAUCCACACACAAACUUGCCUUUUGCAGUGACAAAUCCCUCAAACUCUCUUCCCCAACUGGAGAGCUCCUAAGAUUUCAUUACAAGGUGGUGAUUCCUGUAGGGAGGAUAGAGAGUGUGAACCAAAGUAAGAAUGUGAUGAAGCCUUCACAGAAGUACUUGGAGAUAGUAACUGUUGAUAAUUUUGAUUUCUGGUUCAUGGGGUUCCAAAAUUUCCAAAAAUCAUUCAGAUUUCUUCAACAAGCUAUCUCUCAGGAAUGGAAGAUUAAUUGCUAGCUAUGUUUGGAACUUGGGAGAAACAUGUUUAGUAGAAGUGUUUUCUUUUCUUUUCUAUUUCUUUUGUUUUCCUUGUGCUUCCUAAUAUUCACUUAUUGUAGCUAAGGAGAUCUAGAUAGAUACGUUAGACCCAAUUUGUACAAAUUUCAAUUAGAAUCAAUGUAAGUUGAUAUAUAUUAAAUAUAUGUUUGGUGUUAGCUUCAAAAUUUAUAGUCACUCAAAA